AUGGAGAAUGUAGACGUAUCUGCGAAGGUCGUGAAGUCCUGCCGUACUGCUGAUCUGCAAUUGUACCCGACGUUGCUUCGUGAGUUUCGUGAGGGUGUUCUCGGUCUUGAAUGUUACGAGUUCCGUUGCGUCAGUCACUCUCGCAACGCGACCCUUCGCGCGCACACACCAACCGCCGACGUCUCCCCACCGCGCUUCGACUCUCCUCCUCUCCCGCCGCUUCACAAUCGGAUGGCACGACUCAAAACCACCCCCAGCAAUGUUCGCUUCAUGGAUGCGGCACAAAAACUUGCAAGCUGUCACGAUGCUGCCGGCCAGAUUGUAGCCAGCCUCGACGGGCCUUCUGUCCUGGACGAAUACAGCGCGGCCUGGCACUCCUAUGCCGACGAUGUUGAUGCGCCCGUCACUUCACAGCUCGAUUCAGUUAUCGAUUCUCAGCACCUCGACACACUGGAUCACCUCGUGUACACGAUCAUCCCCGAAUAUGCUGCAAAGUUCAUGAAGACCUUCGCACUUUUUGGACGAGAUGGGAUGCAGAGCGCCAAGUUCAUUGAGGCCUUGAAUACAAUAUCGCAACACCAAGUCACGCUUUCCGAAGCGUUGAGCGCGCUACGGGAAGGGCAAAACGAGCGUCUUGUCCUUAAGAAAGGGUUCAGAGUGUCGCGAACGAAAUCUUGGAUCCCAUGGGAUGCGGAGGAGUAUGCGCUUCCGAAAAUAUGCAAGGAUCAGGACUGCUCCCAUUGCGCAACCCUGCGAAGAAGGGCUGGGAACAAGAAGAAAAGAGCCGCGAACAAGACGGCUGUUUCUGCCAGGCCGCUCACUGGCGACAGUGGUGAUGAGAUACAGGUUGCUCCAAGAAAGCGUGCUAAACCUUCAAUGGAGGGAGAGAAGGAUGCGGCAGCAUCUCCCGCGGAUCAGAACAACGAGCAAGCAUCUUCUGCGGGUGGGAACAACGAGCAAGCAUCUCCGCAUGUGAAUGACGAGGAUGCACAUACAGAUGAGAGUGAUGCUGGGCCAUCGAAAGAUUCAGCAGAUGGAGGAAGCCAUGGAGAGUGUGCUGAAUCUACACUGGAGGGAGAAGAGGAUGGGGCAGCAUCUUCUAUCGAUGGGAACGAUGAAGGAGCAUCUCCUGCGGAUGAGGACGGGAUCGGACUGCCUCCCUCAGGCGAGAACGGCGAGGAUGCAUCUCAUGCGGUCCAUGCCGAUGAUGGGACACCUCCUGCAGAUGAGAAUGACACUGGGGCAUCAAAGGAUUCGUCAGAUGGUGGACAAGAGAACCGACGAAGAGAAGGUUGUAGUCAUGGUUGUCGGCGCGUGAUGGGUUUGGACUGCACGAUUCAGCACGACUCCAUGCAGGAAACUGCCGGCAACGCCAUCUCGUCAGGCCAGUUCGAGAACAUAUUUCAAGCCGAUUUUCUGCAUAACGGCGGGAUGCAAUCUCCAUUACGGCCAGCGUCUCGCGCCGCCGACUGCUCUCCCGCCAUCGAACAGCCCCGAGGUCCGAUGUUUGCGCAACCUAUGGACCACUGUGGAUACGACAGCAGCGAUGACGACGACGAUGAGCACCGCAUUGACUCCAGACAUCCGGACCACGAUGCAUACGAAACUUUCAAUGGUGAUCGCGGUAGCUUCCUCUUUUACCGUGCAGGAGCAGGUGCCGCCAAGCCAGGCAACACCUUCAGCAGUCAUCCCUCCCCACGCUCUGACUUCACAGCAUCGUCAUCUCCGCUGCCACUGCCACUUCCUGACUUCGAUUCACAUCUACAGACUUGCGGCAUGUACAAUCACAAUCAACAACUGGCAUUAGUGAAACCUUCUCGACCGGCAACCAGACGCUCGGUCUCCCAAUCGUCGGCAAAGGAGACUGCCAACCCCCGCAAACGCGCCCGCACUGGCUCCCUCGCCGAUGACACGAUGAGCGAUGGCACGAGUUCCGAAAGCAUCGCUGCGACGAUUCAAGCCGCAUUCAACCUCUUCUCAACUGCUGCCGCCGCCGACGCGUGCCUGCCGCCAGCCCAUGCUUCGACUGUCGCCCAGCCAAGCCCACCGGCUGCAGCUGUGCUUCGCGGCACCAGAGAUGGCGACGCACAUGUCUUCAUUGUGUCGAGUGGGAUUGCGUCGGGGACAUCUGGCUGGUUCUUGACCACAUGUCGUACAGGGAGCGACGGGUCGCAUUAUCUAUCCGUGUGCUCACACGAGCUUGCGAUGGAAAGAGAAGAUGCCGAGAGCUAUACGCAACGUGCCCUUGAACAAGUCCUGCAAUCCAUCAAUCUCGACAUCGAGAGCACGACCAACGAAGUGCACGUUAUGACGAAUGAAGUACGCGUCGACGUAUACUCGCACGACACCUGGCCGUACGUACUUGCGACGGCAGCCCUCUUGCAACUCACCAAGACCAUCAACCCAGAUGAAGGAUCGUCGCGUGUCCUGGCAGCAUCCGUGUGUGCUGAUGCAAUGGGGAGUGCCGCGCGACUCGCCAACUCCUUGCAUGAAACAAGCCCUUCCGAGCCUUGCCAAGAAGCACGCAGUAGGAAUGUGGAACGGCUGCUGAAGACAUUACCGCCUGUCAAUCCCAACGUCGCACUCGACAGUCCGAUAUCCGAACCAUCAGCCACGUCUCCGAUUCUGACCCAGAUUGAAUUCAGCCUACAGUCGCACAUGCUUCGCUGGAAUACCGAGAUUGCCGCCCAUGUGGAUGCCUACACCAAACAUGCGGAGCACCUUUCUACAUACAUCGCUACCACUACGGAGAUUCGUCAUACCGCCGUCCAGUGGUUCCACGCCGUCCGAGACAGGGAUGUCGCAAAAGAUAGGGAGCAGAAGGACGACGCAGAGAAGAAGCUCCGCGACGCACAAGACAUCCUGAAAACGAUGAAUCAUGACAACAGCCACCGAGAACUCAUCAUGGGGCUCGUGAGCGACACCACUGCACAGGUGGACUUGGUAAGCGGUGCGCCACCUCGAUCCAACCAUCAAAAAGCCCUGGCCUACCUCCGAGACGAUCUCGCUUGCUACAAUGCCGGGCUACAGGACGAGUUGGGCAGAGUGCAGGCGCUGCGAGACAAAGCUGAGAGAAAGCAGGCUGAGAUAGAGCUUUGGGUGAAGAGUGGCACCUCGACAACGCCAGGCUCGCGAGAUGAAGGCCAUGGGACAUCUUUCGGUGCUGAGUGGCACCUCAUGGCCAUGAGAUCACACACGUUCGCGCAUGUUAUGGUAUAUGUCUCUACUGCACAGUUGUUGGAAUUACUCGGUAUUCUCGCCACGUCGACUGGAAUCUUAGUAUGUGGAUUGUCAGAAACCCGUACGUUCCCUCUUUCCUCGUUGUCUUUGGAUGUUGUUUGGGGUGGGUGGAGGGUGCUGCGCAGGAUGAGGUUUCCGGUUUCGAGACCUCCAGCAUAUGGGAGAGAGGUCAGGCGGAAAAGGGCAGCUGCUGACAUGUUCAAAAACUUAAGAGCUGUAGCUUUUGGUGUCGUGGUGCCUGGGGUCUGUCAGAUUGGCGAUGGGGAGUGGGGUAGUGGAUUGCUGUUUCAUGAAGGAGGUGGGAUGGUUGGUAUGCGUGACGCACUCUAUGGCUUCUGGUGUUUUGUCGCCUGCUACUCAAUGGCAGUCCUCCAAGUCUUACCAUUCUACGUAGGCGUGCUUCACAGCCCCAUGAUCUGCGUCAGCUAUUGGCAUGGUGACUGGAAUCAGGAAAUUGAUGAAAUGAUCAUCAUUUCACAAGGGAAGCAAAAACUUGGCUGUGCAGGACGUCCUCUCUUGGGGCCCAGAGUUUUGUUUGUGGAUGGUCUACUUGGAAGAUGUAGGUUUGUGCAUUCUAAUACAUGUCGUGGGGAGUCGCUAUCGUGA